AUGGGUCCCUCCGCCAUCUCCCGUCAGCGUCAAGGCAAGAAGGCCAAUGAGUCCUACGGUGCCGGCUGCGUUGUUCAGAAGGCUAAUGAGUCUUACGGUGCUGGCUGCGUCGUUCAGAAGGCCAACGAGUCCUACGGCGCGGGAUGCAUGGUUAUUUCCAUCCGAGCAAGCAGCUGCAGCAAAUACUCGACCGAAACCAGCAGCUUGUCUCUACAAUUUGCGAGCAUGGCGCCUCUCUCAAACUACGCAGGAUGCCAGGGCCUCGAUCUCGAUUUCUCUCUAUCCACCGACGGGCUCUGA